CGCCGAUGCGCGCUCCCGAUAAUAAACCUCUGACGCCUUCAUCCGGGAACUACUACGAACUCGCUCUCCAACAUGGCGGCGUCAGCUAAGAAGAAGAAUAAGAAGGGGAAGACCCUCACUCUGACUGACUUCCUGGCAGAGGACAGUGGAGGCAACAAUGCGCCCCCCAGCUACCCGGCCAAGUCCACCAGCUGGGCAGAUGAGACUGACGACCUGGACGGCGAUGUCUCGACUUCAUGGCACACGGAGGAGGAUAGCUACCGGGCACCACCCAUUGACCGGUCCAUCCUGCCCACAGCACCUCGCUCAGCUCGUGAACCCAAUAUUGACCGUGCCCGACUGCCCCGCAGCCCGCCUUACACGGCCUUCCUGGGCAACCUACCUUAUGAUGUCACUGAGGACUCGAUCAAAGACUUCUUCCGUGGUUUGGCAAUCAGUGCAGUGCGUCUGCCUCGAGAGCCCAGUAACCCAGAGAGGCUGAAGGGCUUUGGCUAUGCUGAAUUUGAUGAUGUGGAUUCCCUACUGAGGGCUCUCAGUCUUAACGAGGAGAACCUUGGAAACCGAAGGAUCCGUGUGGAUAUUGCAGACCAGUCCAAUGAUAAAGAGAGAGACGGUGGCUCUAUGGGCAGAGACAGGGGUGGAAGGAUGUCGGACAUGGGUCCUGACAAGACAGACAGUGACUGGAGGGCUCGGCCCAGUGCAGACGCUGACGAAGGGCCUCCCAGGAGAGAUGAUGCCUUUGGGGAGAGAUCACGGGACCGCUACGAUGCGCCAAGGCGGGACAAUGACCGCUAUGAUGGAGGAAGAGACCGCUACCGGGAUCGCUAUGAUGACAGGGACCGCAGAGAUUUUGAUAGAGGAGGUGUGUUAUUCUGCUUGUUUGGGCCCUGUCGUCGUGCCUUUGGCAGUGGCUUCCGUCGCGAUUAUGAUGAUAGUCGGGGUAGCAGUGAUCGUUACGGGGGCAGUGAGCGUUAUGGCGAACGUGAAGACCGCUACGAGAGACGGGAUGAGAGGCGUGAUGAGAGGCGUGACGAGAGAGNUCCUCAGCAGAGACCCAAGUUGAACCUUAAGCCCCGUAGCGUGCCCAAGGAGGAAGAAGGCAGUGGCGGCGGCGGCGGUGGCGGCAGCAGCAGCGGUGGUGGUGGCAGCGGCGGAGGUGGUACUUCCCCAGCUGCAGCUCCAAGCUCCGGCAGCAGGGCCUCAUCCAUCUUUGGUGCGGCAAAGCCGGUUGACACAGCAGCCAAGGAGAGGGAGGUAGAAGAGAGGCUGAAGAAACAGGAAGAGAGGCUGCAGAGGCAGCUGGAAGAGGACAAAGGCCGGGGACCUGACAGAAAGAUGCGAGACAGGGAUCCAAGCUGGCGCAAUGAGGAACCUCCUGCUGAGCGAUCUCGCACAGGAAGUGAGUCUUCACAGCAAGGAAGCACUUCUGGAAGAGGGUCCCGGUGUCGAGAUAGUGAGCGCUCUGGGGAUAAUGAGGUUUUUAGUGGGAGAGAUGGUGAGCCUUCCUCCCCUGGGACCUCCCCACAGCCCCCCCCUAUCAGCUCCCCUAAGGAGCCACUGAAGGUGAUGCCUGCACCUCCUCCCAAGGAGAACGUCUGGGCUAAGAGAAGUGCAGCCAGCACAGGCUCUAGUGAUGGUGAUGGACGACCUCCCGUCUCUCCUGUCUCCACAGGUGGUUCAGCUCCUCCAAAGCUCAGCUCCCCAAGUUCUGCAGAUGAAAGAGGAUCUGGAAGAGAUGAGAACAAGGCUGACGGUGUGCGUCGGGACCGGGGGCCCCCGCGGGCACGAGGGGGGCCUGCAGGGCCUGGAGCAGGGCGGGGCCGAGGAGAGGGGCCCAACAGAGACCGAAGAAAGGAGGCAGACAGAAAGGAUAACAGAAGAGACCGAGACUCCAGACCACCCCCAGAGCCAAAGAAAUUCGAAGAAACCCCAACCCCCAAGUUCAGCUCAGCCAGUAAGUACGCCGCUUUGCUAAUGGACGGAGACCAAGGAGACGACGCGGAGGACGUAGACUAGAAAGAAAAUAACGAGAUGAGGCCUGAAAGACGAGGAGAAAACGAAGACCGCAGAAAAAAAUAAAUAAUCUCACAUAGCUUAUGAAAAAACUCCUCACAUGGAAGAGGCUCCUGGGAGGGAGGACAAAACUCCCUCCCUUCUUUCCUCCUUCAAACCUGUCCUUUACUUUCAAAACACCCACCCAUCCUCCCUCCCCUGCCCCACCUUCAAGACUAUUCAGGUUCUAAAGAAUAGUCGCAUACUGGACUUGUUUUAAAUGGAAAAAAGGAGUAGCUGACAUGACAAAGUGAUGGAUAAAAUUGAAUUAAUUGUAAUAAAUAAAUGGAAAAAGUGGGGAAAAAAUCAAUUUGUAUAUUUGUGGAUCACAGGUGCGGUAAGGUUGGCUUGUAUGACACAGUGUGGUUUAGUAAGUUUGUUUUUUUAUAUCAACUUUUGACUGAUUGACUUAAUUCUCAGAUUAAAUGCAUAACUAUUAAUUAUAAGGCCAUUUUAUUCAUUAGUAAGUAAUUUGGUAUUAGAAUUAUUUUAAAUCAACCUCUUAAAUCAAAUUUAUUUAUGGAAAUUAGUCAAGAAAAUCCUGUCUUCCAAUACUAACAGUCCUGAUUGCUGAGGCUGGCUACUAAUUUAAAAAACAAUUGUCAAUCAUGUGUGCACUAUUGAUUGAAUUAGUCCUAAACUGAUUGACAGAAUUACAAGAGAGGACUGUAAUACAUAGGCUACAUUAUUGCAGGAGUAACUUGUGUGUUGAGACUGAAAGGAAAAACAGACGCUACACGAUUCUCACUCAGAGAAUCCAGUGCCAUUACCAUCAUCCCUAAUCAUUGUACAGAUGUCUCUCUAUUUUCUACACCCUCUGAUGAAAUAAUCAAAUCAAUUAAAGGCUCAUAAUGGA